AUGCAGCUGUUACGUCUAAAUGCCUUAGCACCAAAUUUUCAAUUGCCCCAAACCGCUGUGACGAUUGGCAAUUUUGAUGGUGUCCAUUUGGGACAUCAGGCGAUGGUUUCUCAACUCAAAGAAGUGGCUAAAGCCCAAAAUUUAAAAACCUUGGUUAUGAAGCACCACCACGGAUUUCAUCACUCAGAGAAAAAGUAG